AUGCCCCAUCUCUGGCCGGCGCUUCGCCGCGUCCUCUGGGAAUACUGGGCAGCUCUCCUGGUCGGCGGCUUCUGGGGACAGAGCUCGCACGGGAUGCCGCAUGUCAUCCGGAUCGGAGGAAUCUUUGAGUAUGCAGAUGGCCCCAACACGCAGGUGAUGAGUGCUGAGGAACAAGCCUUCAGAUUCUCCGCCAACAUCAUUAACAGGAACAGAACUUUGCUGCCCAAUACAACCCUCACCUAUGACAUCCAGAGGAUACACUUCCACGACAGCUUUGAAGCCACUAAGAAAGCCUGUGACCAGCUUGCUCUGGGGGUCGUUGCAAUAUUUGGACCUUCCCAAGGCUCCUGCACCAAUGCUGUCCAGUCUAUCUGCAACGCCCUGGAGGUGCCCCACAUCCAGCUCCGAUGGAAGCAUCACCCUUUGGAUAACAAGGACACUUUCUAUGUCAACCUGUAUCCUGACUAUGCUUCCCUGAGCCACGCCAUCCUGGACCUGGUGCAGUACCUGAAGUGGAGGUCAGCCACUGUGGUGUACGAUGACAGCACAGGCCUGAUACGGCUGCAGGAGCUCAUCAUGGCCCCAUCCCGCUACAACAUCCGCCUGAAGAUCCGCCAGCUCCCGCUGGACACCGAUGAUGCCCGGCCGCUGCUCAAGGAGAUGAAGAGGGGCCGGGAAUUCCGCAUCAUCUUCGACUGCAGCCACCUGAUGGCAGCUCAGAUCCUCAAGCAGGCUAUGGCAAUGGGGAUGAUGACAGAAUAUUACCACUUCAUCUUCACCACUCUGGAUCUUUAUGCAUUAGACCUAGAACCAUAUCGCUACUCUGGGGUGAACCUGACCGGCUUCCGGAUCCUCAACGUGGAGAACCCCCACGUGUCCUCCAUCAUCGAGAAGUGGUCCAUGGAGAGGCUGCAGUCAGCACCCAAGGCAGAGCUGGGGCUCCUGGAUGGUGUGAUGAUGACAGACGCUGCCCUGCUGUAUGACGCGGUGCACGUGGUGUCCGUGUGCUACCAGCGCGCGCCCCAGAUGACCGUCAACUCCCUGCAGUGCCACCGCCACAAGGCCUGGCGCUUCGGCGGCCGCUUCAUGAACUUCAUAAAAGAGGCCCAAUGGGAAGGAUUAACGGGACGCAUUGUCUUUAAUAAAACCAGUGGUUUACGGACAGAUUUUGAUUUGGAUAUCAUCAGCCUCAAAGAAGACGGCCUUGAAAAGGUUGGAGCAUGGAGCCCUUCAGAUGGUUUGAACAUCACAGAAAUCUCCAAAGGACGAGGGCCCAACGUCACGGACUCGCUGAGCAACAGAUCUCUGAUUGUCACCACGGUGCUGGAGGAGCCCUUUGUGAUGUUCCGUAAGUCUGACACGGCUCUGUUCGGGAACGACCGCUUCGAGGGCUACUGCAUUGACCUGCUGAAGGAGCUGGCCAUCAUCCUGGGCUUCUCCUACGAGAUCCGCCUGGUGGAGGAUGGCAAAUACGGGGCACAGGAUGAGAAGGGCCAGUGGAAUGGCAUGAUCAAGGAGCUCAUCGACCACAAAGCUGACCUGGCCGUGGCUCCUCUGACCAUCACUCAUGUCCGGGAGAAAGCCAUCGACUUCUCCAAGCCCUUCAUGACCCUGGGGGUCAGCAUCCUCUACAGGAAGCCCAACGGGACCAACCCCAGCGUCUUCUCCUUCCUCAACCCUCUCUCUCCUGACAUCUGGAUGUACAUCCUGCUCGCCUACCUGGGGGUCAGCUGUGUGCUCUUUGUCAUUGCCAGGUUCAGCCCAUAUGAGUGGUAUGAUGCCCACCCCUGCAACCCGGGCUCGGACAUCGUGGAGAACAACUUCACCCUCCUGAACAGCUUCUGGUUCGGGAUGGGAGCGCUGAUGCAGCAAGGCUCAGAGCUGAUGCCCAAAGCCCUGUCUACACGGAUCAUUGGUGGCAUAUGGUGGUUCUUCACCCUCAUUAUCAUCUCGUCCUACACGGCCAACCUCGCAGCCUUCCUGACCGUGGAGAGGAUGGAGUCCCCCAUCGACUCAGCAGAUGACUUGGCAAAGCAGACAAAAAUAGAGUAUGGAGCAGUGAAGGAUGGAGCUACCAUGACCUUCUUCAAGAAAUCCAAAAUCUCCACGUUUGAAAAAAUGUGGGCUUUCAUGAGCAGCAAACCCACAGCGCUGGUCAAGAACAACGAGGAGGGGAUCCAGCGAACCCUGACAGCUGAUUAUGCUCUGCUGAUGGAGUCCACCACCAUCGAGUACAUCACCCAGAGGAACUGCAACCUCACCCAGAUCGGGGGGCUCAUCGACACCAAAGGCUAUGGCAUUGGGACACCCAUGGGGUCACCGUACAGGGACAAGAUCACCAUCGCCAUCCUGCAGCUCCAGGAGGAGGACAAGCUCCACGUCAUGAAGGAGAAGUGGUGGCGGGGGAAUGGCUGCCCUGAGGAUGAGAACAAGGAGGCCAGUGCUCUGGGCAUCCAGAACAUCGGGGGCAUCUUCAUUGUCCUUGCAGCAGGCCUGGUGCUGUCUGUCUUCGUGGCCAUGGUGGAGUUCAUCUACAAGCUGCGCAAAACGGCAGAGCGCGAGCAGCGCUCCUUCUGCAGCGCCGUGGCCGACGAGAUCCGGCUGUCUCUGACCUGCCAGCGCCGGGUCAAGCACAAGCCCCAGCCCCCCGUGAUGGUGAAGACGGACGCCGUGAUCAACAUGCACACCUUCAACGACCGCCGGCUGCCCGGCAAGGACAGCAUGACCUGCAACACCGGCCUGGCACCCGUGUUCCCCUAG